CAACCGGCCAAGACAAAAUAGAGGAUCGCCGAAUCCCGGCUUGUGCGGUCGAAUAUCCCGAACCACCGCUCAUUGCUCAUCCGAUUCUCGUAGUAGCGCGACUUAGUGAUGGGCCCCCUCGAAGGGCUAAGGCCCGUUGUCCUACUGUUCCUCAUUAUUUGGAGGCUCCAGAGGGCGUCCUGCGAGACCCUCACGCCGCCCUACUUCAACCUGGCAGAAGGGAAGAAUAUUACCGCCACCGCUACUUGCGGUGUGGACACUGAAGGGCCGGAGCUAUACUGCAAAUUGAUAGGGAGUAAUUCGGAUAAUGAACCAAAUGUGAACGUCAUACAAGGGCAGUAUUGUGACUAUUGUGAUCCCCGUACACCUGGUAAGCACCAUCCACCUGAACAUGCGGUCGACGGCAAAGAAACCUGGUGGCAAAGUCCGCCAUUGUCCAGAGGCAUGAAGUACCAGGAAGUGAACUUGACCAUCGACCUAGGACAGGAGUUCCACGUGGCCUACGUGUACAUUACGAUGGGUAAUUCCCCUAGGCCUGGCUUAUGGGUUUUGGAGAAAUCUGCUGAUUAUGGAAAAACCUACACGCCGUGGCAGUACUUUUCCGAUUCCCCUGCAGAUUGCGAAACCUAUUUUGGCAAAGAAUCUCUCCAGCCAAUCACGAGGGACGAUUCCGUCAUUUGUACCACCGAAUAUUCGAAAAUUGUACCAUUAGAAGGCGGAGAGAUACCAAUAGGAGUUCUGAAACAUAGACCAUCCGCAACGCACUACUUCAAUUCGACAGUUCUGCAAGAAUGGACCAGGGCCACCAAUGUGCGUUUCAGAUUCCUCAGAACAAAAAAUCUUUUGGGUCAUCUAAUGUCCGUGGCUAGACAAGAUCCCACCGUUACCCGUAGGUACUUUUAUUCCAUCAAAGAUAUCAGUAUAGGAGGAAGAUGUAUGUGUAAUGGACAUGCCCAGACCUGCGAUAUACCCGAUCCUAAAGAUCCACGAAUUCUAAUGUGCAAUUGCCGGCAUAAUACUUGUGGUUCCAAAUGUAACGUCUGCUGUCCUGGAUUCGAACAAAAAGCCUGGAGACAAUCGAAAUACGAUGAUCCCUUUAAAUGCGAACCUUGCAACUGUUUUCAACACUCAAACGAGUGCGUCUACGAUGCGGAGAUCGACAAAAAACACCUUUCCCUAGACAUUUAUGGAAACUACAAGGGAGGUGGUAUCUGUCAGAACUGUAGACACAACACCGAAGGUAUCAAUUGCAACAAGUGCAAGCCUAAAUUCUUCCGGCCCUACAACAAACACUGGAAUGAAACCGACGUGUGCCAUCCCUGCAAUUGUGAUAAUUUCUAUUCAACCGGAAACUGCGCAGAAGGAUCGGGACGUUGUGAAUGUAAAAUACAGUUUACUCCGCCAAAUUGCGAUUCGUGUAGUUUCGGGUACUACAGCUAUCCCGAAUGUAAGCCUUGCGAGUGCUUCAUCAACGGAACGGUUGAUCUUCAAUGCUCCUACACUGACGGAACUUGCCAUUGUAAAGAGAACUUUGACGGAAAAGACUGUAAGGAAUGUUCCAGUGGAUACUACAACUUUCCAGAAUGUACUGCUUGUGAAUGUGACGCAGUGGGUUCAGACACAGAAUCCUGUGACCAAUCCUCUGGAAAUUGUACAUGUAAAGCCAACUUUUCUGGACAGAAAUGUUCACAAUGCCAGGAUGGCUUUUUUGAUUAUCCAUCUUGUAAAUAUUGUAAUUGUGAUAUUAAAGGAACAAAAGAUGGUAUUUGUGAUAAAGGUACAGGCAAGUGUAUUUGUAAGGAAGGAUAUGGUGGGGAAAGGUGCGAUGUUUGUGUAUUUGGUUUCUAUGGAUACCCUGACUGCAAGCCUUGCAGCUGUAACAAGGUGGGCUCUCUGGGCGACAUCUGCAAUGCUCUUGGCAAAUGCAACUGUUUGGAUAACUAUGCCGGUCGUACAUGCGAUCAAUGCAGUCCUGGAUAUUACAGCUAUCCAGAAUGUAGACCUUGCGAGUGCGACACUCUAGGAUCUCUCGGACUGUCAUGUGACAAUGACGGAAAGUGUAGCUGUCACGACCAUUUUGCAGGUUUGAAAUGUAACCAGUGCAAAGAAGGAUUUUACAAUUUCCCCACCUGUGAAGAUUGUAACUGUCAUCCAGCCGGUGUCGUGGAAGGUUUUGCUGGAUGCGGUUCUGUUCCAGCAGGUGAAUUAUGUGAGUGUAAGGAGCGAGUCGAAGGACGCAUAUGUAACAAGUGCAAACCGCUGUUCUGGAAUCUAAGCCCGCACAAUGCUCAAGGCUGCGAAGAAUGUAACUGCAAUAAAUCAGGAGUGUUGGGAGGUAUCGCAGUGUGCGACUCGGAAGACGGCCAGUGCGUGUGUAAACCUUCUGUGGUUGCCAGGGGUUGUUCAGAGUGUGUAGAUGGCACGUACAAAUUAGAAGAAGACAAUCUUUUUGGUUGUACUGAUUGUGGUUGCGAUGUGGGAGGUUCCAUAAAUAACGUUUGUAACAAGAAAACUGGACAAUGUCUCUGUCAGUCUAGAGUGACAGGACGGACCUGCAAAGAACCGCUUCAGGCUCACUAUUUCCCUACUCUAUAUCAAUACCAGUACGAGGUUGAAGAUGGUAGAACGGCAGAAAAUACAAGAGUGAGAUACGCUCACGACGAGAAUAUAUUUUCAAAUUAUUCCUGGAAGGGUUAUGCGGUCUUCUCUUCUCACCUCCAAAGAGAAGUCAUCCAGGAGAUUAACAUUUUCAAACCGUCUCUAUACAGGAUCGUUUUUAGGUAUGUCAAUCCAAACCCCUAUACAGUUACUGGAGGUGUGCGAAUUAUACCCGACAAUCCCAACGCCAACGAACAAUAUUUGAAGGUUCAUUUUAAGAGUACUCCCAUUCCAGACUUCACCACAGCUUCCGGAGAAAGUAGUACCGUCGCCACGCCGUUCGUGGUCGAUCCUGGCAGAUGGAGCAUCAACAUUAACAUCAACGACAGCGUUCUCCUAGAUUAUUUCGUCUUAUUGCCCGAAGACUUUUACCUAGCUACGGUUUUGAACUACAAAAUUGAGACACCCUGUACUAUCAAUCAGACGGAUCUAUGCAGACACUACGCCUACCCGAAUAUAUCUUACUAUGACAGAACUUUUGGCGUGGGAGGAUACACAACUGACGGAAAAAAGGACGAGAUUCUUAAAGAAUACUUUAAAGACAGUAACCAUUUGCAAAACAUCAAGGUCUACAACAGGGUACCUCUACUCAACUCCAACCAAUCAGAGAUCUACUUCAAUCUGACAGCUUCCAAGCCAGGGGCUUACGUCUUGCUCGUCAAUUACAUCACACCUUUAGACGAUUUACGCACUCAUCGCGUGAAUGUGGUCGCUCAAACCAAGUAUGGACCUCAAAACGGUAACGUCAUCCUAUACUCCUGUCCGUACACUAGCAUGUGCAGGCAGGUAGUCACCAAUGAGCGAGAUGGCGUGGGAAUAUUUGAAAUCGAUGGGAAUUCUAUGGUGGUACAGCUAAAGAGUGAAGACUCGAACGUGGGCAUUCACUCCAUCUACUUGAUCCCCUACGCAGAAUGGUCGCUGGACUUCAUCAAGCCCAAACCGGUUUGCGUGAGCAAAGACGGCAAUUGCGUGGUGGGAUCCUUCAUAAACCCCCCGGAAACUAAAAAAAUCCAAUUCGAACAAGACGUCGAAGAGGAACUGCUCAAAAAUCGACCGCCGAUCCACCAAUACAACAACAACACCUACAUCUGGCUAAAUAAGGGCUACAACACCAUGGACCUCCGAGGAAAAGUGCCCUACGCUGGGUAUUAUUCGUUCGUGUUGCAUUACUACCAACCCGACCAUCCUGCAUUUAACUUGGACGUCAUCAUUCAAAAUGGCCAGUUCUACGAAGCCAGCGUUCCCAUAGAACAUUGCCCUUCCGAAUCUGGAUGUAGAUCGCCGGUCUUCCAAUCUGACAGAAACAAUAAGUUCAAUUUGUUGGAGAACUUUUUGAUUACGUUCAAGCAACCUGAAAAUAGAAACGUUUAUUUGGAUUAUAUUUUGGUCAUCCCUGCUGACUUAUACAACGAAAGGAGUCUACAAGAAGAGGAUUUGGACCGCACAGGAGAGUUUAUCUCUACUUGCGGCAGUAACAAUUUCAACAUCGACACCAGUCAUAAAGGAUUUUGUAGAGACUCUGUGUUCUCUAUCACCGCCUCCCACAAUACCGGAGCCUUGCCCUGUCAAUGCGACUACGCGGGAUCUGUCAGUUUCGAGUGCGAGAAGUUCGGAGGUCAGUGCCCCUGCAAGGACAACAUCAUCGGCAGGCAAUGCACGGCUUGCAAGACGGGGUACUUCGGUUUUCCCGACUGUAGGCCAUGUAAUUGCCCCUCCACUGCCUACUGCCAACCAGAAACAGGCAAAUGUAUAUGUCCACCUCACGUGAUCGGUGCGAAGUGUGAAGAGUGCGAGCCUAGAACUUUCGGAUACGACAAGCUGAUUGGUUGCGAGACCUGCAAUUGUAAUCCAUUGGGUGUUCUUAACGAUAAUCUACAGUGUGAUACACAGAAUGGUCGCUGUCCGUGCAAGGCGAAUAUAGUUGGCAGAACUUGCGACAAUUGCGAAGCUGGUUAUUUCUCGUUUCCUGAUUGUGCCUCUUGCGAUUGUAACGUCAACGGUACAGACAGCGAAAUUUGUGACAAACAAACCGCAGAGUGCUUCUGUAAACGGUACGUCGUGGGACUACACUGCGAGUUUUGUAAGGAAGGAUCCUUCAAUUUACAGUCUUCAAAUCCAGAUGGCUGUACACAGUGCUACUGUUCUGGAAAAGCUACCAAGUGCGGUAGUGCCAAAUACGUGAACGUACCCAUCUAUGACAUGUCUGGUUGGACCCUAGUUGGUUUGACGUUCAAAGAAGACAUAUUAAAUGUCACAGAUCUGAAUAUAACAACCGAAAGCUUAGAUUCCAAUGCUAUCGGGGUUGUUCUAUCGAACCUGGACGAAUCGACUGUUGGAUAUUUUUCUGCGCCACCAUCUUAUUUAGGAAAAUUACUGGCGUCUUACGGCGGAUCAUUGGUGUACUCAAUAUUUUUCAGCAUCGGCCCCAACGGUUCAGCGAUCGCCAGUCCAGAUGUAGUACUCAAAGGACCCAACGGCUAUCUCCAAUACUCCAGCGUCGAUCAGCCGUCAGCCAACGUAAACUUUGAAGCGGAAGUGGACUUUUCAGAGCUAGUUUUCAGCACUGCAUCCGGUGAUUAUGCCAAGAGAACGGAAAUCAUGGACGUCCUGAAAGACCUGAAAGGCAUUUACAUAAAGGCCAGUUACUGGACCCAUGGAGAAACAACGAGAUUAACCAACGUCAACCUGGGGUACGGUAUACCUAGAGAAGAAUAUAGAAAAAGGUAUCCUAAUUAUCCUCUACCACCGGAUAUGGCGUCAGUGGAACAAUGCGUCUGUGAGCCCAACUAUCAAGGAUUAUCUUGUGAGGAAUGCUCCCCUAGAUACUACAGGAUCAAGUCAGAGGGAUCUCUAGAAGGUGCGUGCGUUCCCUGUGACUGCAACGGACACUCGAGCAGAUGUGACGUGAACACUGGUGUUUGCUUAGACUGCCAACACAACACUAGAGGUGACCAUUGCGAACUUUGUGACGUAGGAUACCAUGGAGAUGCUAGAGGUGGCACACCAAACGACUGUCUUAUUUGUGCCUGUCCUUUACCUACUAGUAGUAACAACUUUGCCACUGCUUGCGAUGUCAGUUCAGACGGAGAACACAUCAACUGCGAUUGCAAAGAAGGAUACUUCGGCGCCCGUUGCCAGGGUUGUGCUGCAGGAUUCUACGGCAGACCGGAAGUUUUAGGGGAUUACUGCAAACCUUGCAAGUGUUCUGGCAACAUCGACGUGCAAGAUCCCAGCUCGUGCGAUACCGAAACAGGGAAAUGCUUGAGAUGCUUGAACAACACCUUCGGAGAAGCUUGCGCUUUGUGCGCUCCUGGAUUCUACGGCGAUGCUAUAGAGCGUAAAGAUUGCCAAGCUUGUAUCUGUGACGAAUACGGUACUUCUCGUUGCGACCACACCACAGGUAUCUGCGUGUGCAAGCAGAACGUCGUUGGAGAAAAAUGUGACAGGUGUCUUGAAGAACAUUACGGAUUCCAGUCUGGACAAGGAUGUACCAGUUGUGGUUGUGCCGAAGCAGCAGAGAGUAACGAAUGUGUGGACGCCACCGGACAAUGCAGGUGCAAACCGGGAGUUACCGGCAGAGCCUGUGACAGAUGCUCAGCCGGAUACUGGAACUAUACAGCAGAUGGAUGCGUUUCUUGCGGAUGUAAGAGCGAGUUUUCACUGGGUUUCGGAUGCAACGCUCUCACUGGUCAGUGUGAAUGCCUGCCUGGAGUCAUCGGCGAAAAAUGCGACCAGUGUCCGCACAGAUGGGCCUUCCUUCCCGAUUCUGGCUGUCACCAGUGCGAUAACUGUCAUCACGCUCUUCUGAACGAGACCGAUCUGUUGGCGGAACUGAUCGAUCCAGUUAUACGAGAAUUUAAUUCCACGCAAUCGGGAUACUUUACAAGAAGACGGCUGGACAGCAUGAGGGAACAACUGGAGAAGCUCAAACCGAAAUUUGACGAACUGGAUCCCAGUCAUAUCGACUUGUCUGGACCUACCCAGGAGUUGGAGAGUUUGGAACAAGAUUCGAAGAACUUGAACAGAAAAUCGAACUAUUCCUUACAGAAUAGCGAGGAACGAAGAACAGAAUCUACUCAGUUGAAGGACAAAGCCGAAGUCCUGUACGGAAAUCUACCGAACAUCGAGAGGGAAGCACUAAAAGCUAUCGAGGACAUCGAUAAAAUUAGCGGACAGAUAUCAGAAGAAGCAGGCAGUGAAGUGGAAAAAGCUCUACAAGAAGGACAGGCCUUGCUGGAGGACAUGAAGAUCUACAAUUUGACCGGUAGAGAACAGGAAGCCAACAAGCAGUUGGAGAAAGUCAACGAACUCCUGAAUAACGUAACUCAGUAUAAAAUUCCGGUAGAGAAUUUGGAAAAAGAAGUUGAGGCAAUCAAAGGAAAUAUCAAAGGUUUCAACGACAAGUUGGACGACUUAUACAAUCACACUCAGUACUCGUUGAACACUGCCAAAGAAGCCGAGAAUAUUAUCGCUAGAAAUGGAAAAGAUCGAUUAAAGGGAAAACUGGAUAACAUAGAUAACCAGAUAAGCCAGUCAAAGAUUAACUUGGAUGAUUCCGAAGGUCUCUUAGUGAACGCUUCAGAGUUAAUAGAUACUUCAAUUGGAAAAUUGAAACAGCUUCAAGAUUUGCCUGACGAACUAGACAGCAGAAAUAAGGAAUUCUCUUCCAGGCUAGAUUCAGACAAGGAAGCUAUAGAUAAUAUUAAAAAACUCAAACCUCAAGUGCAGGAUCAUGCCAGCAAUUUGUCGGAAAAAGUGGAAAAACUGGAACACAUAUUGUCCGACAGUCAGUUUGGAUCGAAAGAUGCGAUUAGGGCAGCAAGAGCAUACAGGGACAUCGUUGAUGCUGUUAAAAGCGCCCAUGAUGCUGCUGAAUCAGCCCAAAACGACACCGAUCAUGCCGUCUCCAUUCUCAGCAAUGUGCAGGAGAGGACUCUAGAAUCGGACGGUAUUUCCAGUACAGCCCUGGACGAUGCACAAAAGUUAAAGGAAAAGGCCAAAAACGAUUUGGAACCGGUCUUGAGGAGGGCCAUUUUGUUGUUCAACCCGGUCAAAGGCGUCCACGAAAACAACGACAUGCUGCUGAAGGACGUGGAGCAAAUCCUGAAGAACAUUGAACACUUUUCGGAACCUCUGGACAAGAAUUACAGGACGGCCACCAAGAUGGCGGAAGAGGCCAUAAGUCAUACGACCAACGUCGACGAGAAAGUUAACGCUUCUUUUGCCAAGCUUCCUGAAGAAAAAGAGAAGGCACAGGCUUUGCCCAAGGAGGUCGAUGAUAUAAAACGUGACGUCAUCCAGACGCAGAAGCAGAUUGAUGCGGCCAACGAAACCCUACCGUCAAUUAUCGAGAGUUUGGAGCAAUUGCCGAAUAUACAGAAGAAACGAAAUGAAACGUCGGAAGGAAUUAAAAACAGCAUCAAUAAGCUAAGUCAGCAGAUCGAACUGGCUCGGGAUAUAGCUAAUCAAAUCAAAGUAGGCGUCAAAUUCUAUCCCAACACCACCCUGGAGCUGAGAAACCCGAGCAACAUCGAAGAUUUGACAACGUCGACGAAAAUCAGCGGGUACUUCAAGACGGAUAAACCAAACGGUUUGAUUUUCUAUCUUGGCAAUCCCAACGGAACCAGCUUGAGAAAAACCAAAACGGAUGAUUAUAUGGCAUUGAUCGUUCAAAACGGAUUUCCGGUGCUCAAUCUGGACAUAGGAAAUGGCAGGGAACAGGUCAUCCUGAAUGACAAACGAGUCGACGAUGGCGUAUGGUAUCAGUUUAUAAUAGAAAGGGUGGGUCACAACGUGAAACUCUCCAUCAGGGAGGAGUAUGCCGAUGGUCAAGACCACGUGAUAACCCAGGAACAGUCCCUUCAAGGACCACUGACAAUAUUCAAUUUGGACAAGGAAAAAUCGAAAUUGUUCGUGGGCGGAUUCCCCGUCAAUUAUGACAUGCAACAUGACAUCGACGUCAAUUCGUUCGACGGUGAAAUCGAAGACUUGGUGGUGGGAAAUAAUCCAGUGUCUUUGUGGAACUUUGUCGAGGGAUACGAAAACAAUCAUGGAGCUGUCGAAAGAGAUAAGUUGGUGGUACUUCAACCAAGUACUGGGUACAGAUUUAACGGACAAGGUUACGUACUGAUCGAUGCCAGAUCGUUCCAGUUGAGAUUGAAAUCAGCCAUAACCCUCGCAUUCAAAACUUUCGCUACCGAAGGUUUAUUGUUCUUGGCCGGCAAAGAAAACACUUUCGUUGCUCUGGAGUUGCGCAAUGGCAAAAUAUUGUACCAAUACAAUCUUGGAAGCGGCACGAAGAAAUUCGCCUCAACCAAACAGUACAACGACGGCAAUUGGCACAAGAUUUCGGCAAUCAGAGACGGCGCCCGAGGCAAACUGACAAUCGACAACGACGAGGUGAUGGACGUGACCCAAGAUAUCACCGGAUCUGGCUUGGAAAUGAUCGAAACGGUUACUUUCGGAGGAUAUCCUCAUCCGCACCCAUUCAAAGACGUGACCAACAUCAAAUUUGACGGUUGUAUCAACAACGUCACUAUUACCGGUGAGCUGGUGGACCUGAGGAACCAUCUCAAAUCGUUUGACGUUACUCCCGGAUGUCCUGCCAAGUUUGCUCCUUUGGUAUCCUUUAACAAAUCGAGACGUGGAUAUGUCGGUUGGGAUCGUAUCUCCAUCGAUAACGACCUGCACAUUUCGCUCAAAUUCAAGACCAGGGAGAAGAACGGACUCGUUUUCUACCUAACCGACGCCGACCAAAGUAACGGCGUGUCCUUGGCACUGGUCGGAGGUCACCUGAAGGUCAUCAGCCAGAAAAUCGAGCUGGUUUCCAGCGAGACCUUCGACGAUGGCGACUGGCACGUGGUAUCCGUUAUCCAUAACGGCACAAUCUUGAGGAUUGACUUUGAUGAUCUUGGAAACAAGGUAACAGACAGUACGCCUCCACCACUACACGUUCUCCAUGCCACCAUGUACGUGGGCGGCUUGCCACGUAGAAUCCGACCCUUACAAGGUACCGUUGGUUCGGAGGAACCUUUCCAUGGGUGUAUCACCGACUUGACUGUCAAUGGCAACGUGAAGAACUUCGCCAACACUACCGACAAACUGCUGGAGAUUCUCGACAAGUGUAUCUUGGAUGCCGACUAUCUGCCUACGGAUCCAUCAGUCCAUUUACUACCGGAAUUGCCGCCUAUCGAAGAAGCUACAUUGCCUCCAAUUACUGAAAUUCCCAUUGUGACAGAAGAUCCGUUCCAUCAUAUAAACAACGCCCGUGGUGAUGGUGGGUUGGACGUACUGCCUGAAUCAGGUACGCAACAGCCCAAAGUUGAACAAGAACAGACAGAAAAACCUGCGGUUACACCUGCAGCUAGAGGGCCCGUACCAAGGCCACCACUAACAACACCUAAACCUGCUCAAUCAGGAUGUGCCUUGCCAGCCAAUCCUCCAAGAGAAGAUCUGAAGCUAAACGGACACAGGUUCGGAGCUCAACCUAACAGCAGAAUGGAAUACAACACUCCGAGGGGCAAAUUCAGGAAAUCCUUCGAUUUUUCGUUGGAAUUUAAAACGUCAGAACCGAACGGUAUUCUUUUCUACGUGUCUGAUAUCAAGGGCCACAAACAGUAUGCUUCCCUGCUUCUGUCUGAUUCUUACCUGGUGUUCACAUUCAAAACCGAAAAUCCUCCUUUGGUGAUCAAGUCUGAUCUGGCUUACAAUGACAACGAAUGGCAUUACGUACAGUUUAGCAGGCAAGGCUCGGAAGGCAAACUGAUAAUAGACAACAAGGAUAUUCCUGGCAGAAGCGUUCACAAGACGCAGACCUUGGAUCUUCACAUACCUUUCUACCUCGGAGGAAUCCAUCCGGAUGCUACAGAGCAAGUCUUGCAAAAUCUGAAUACCACAGCGCAAUUUAAAGGCUGCAUUAGAAAUUUCCAUAUGAAUAACAAACCUAUGGAGAACCCUAAGGAAACUGGAGUUAUACCAUGUUCAGAUAAUGUUGAGUUUGGUACAUAUUUCGGUGGCGGUCCAGGUACUUUCGUCAAACUGAAAGAAAGGUACAAUGUAGGUCAAAUGUUCAAUAUUAAGAUGGACAUCAAACCCAGAGUAAACUCAGGUCUGCUGAUAGCGGUUCAUGGUAAAAGAGAUUGUGUGGUAUUGGAAAUGGCGCAUGGCAAUUUGCGUCUUACAGUUGACAAUGGAAAAGCCAAUAUCACAACCACUUAUAUUCCACCUGGAAACGACAGUUUUUCUUUGUGCGACGGCCAAUGGCACGAAAUACAAGCUGUCAAAUCGAAGAACGUAGUGACUCUCUCCGUGGACAAAGUGUUCACCGAUCCCCAGAUCGGACCCAGUUCUGUCAUUUCGAGCAACACUGGCAGCGCCCUCUUUCUGGGAGGGCACAAAUUCAUCAAGAGGGUUAGGGGCAUCACGUCACGAACCUCUUUCGUUGGCUGCAUCAAGAACGUCUAUCUCAACAACGACUUUAUCGAUUUAGAAUCGACACACGUCGAAGGCAAUGUAACAGUUGGCACGUGUCGUACCGAUUAGUAUGAGAUAAUACCUACUGAUCAUGGGACGUACUCUUAAUUUCUGUCAUGAUUUAUUUUAGUUUUCGUAGUUUUGUAAUCUUGUACUAGUUUUGAGUAUAAAUAAAUUGAAUAAAAUAUUUAGUAGC